UCUUCUACUUGUACGAGUUUAACAAUAAAGUGUUUAGUGAAUAUUGAAAUGUAGAUUAGAUAAAAGGAAUAAUGAUGUCAACGAAAGUAUAUUUAUUGAUGCAAUGGCUUAUUCUAACACAUUUUUGGAUUUACUGUAACGCAAAUAGGGCUAUUGGCUUAAUAUUGGACGACGGCGAUUUUUCACUGGAAGCUGCAUUCAACGUUGCAUUAACUGAAGCAAACGAGGGUCAAGAUAAUCCAUUUGAAGCUCAAGUGAAACGAACGUCUCCCGGAGAUUUAUUACACGCUGAAACCGAGAUGUGCGCUUUGCUAGAGAGUAAUAUCUUCGGAGUACUAGGUCCAACUUACAAAAUGUCUUUGCAGCACGUUCAGUCGAUCGCUGAUUUUAUCGAAAUUCCUCAAAUAAUCACGGAACCUAUGGUUAUUCAGAAUCGCAAUUGGUCAGCAAUAAAUGUAUACCCUCAUCACGUAGCAUAUUCACAGCUUUUCGCAGACGUAAUACAAAUGAAAGGUUGGACAGAAUUCACGAUAAUUUAUGAAGGAUCUGAACUUUUGCCAUAUUUGGAUGCCAUAUUGACAUUGCCCGAUUUAGUAAUGACUGUCGUGCAAUUGCCCGAUGGUGAUGACUUUAGGUAA